AUGAGCUUGCGCGGCCCAUCCGCCUGCGCGCCGGCUUGUGCGGGCCCGCGUGGUGGCUGCGGCCCGCGUGGCUACGCCCGCGGCCUAGCGCGCGGCUGCGUGGCCCGCGCGGUUGCGGCUGGGCGCGCCGCGGUGACCUCGCGGCCGUGGCUUGUGCGCGGGCCGCGGCUAUGCGCGGUACCUGCGUUCUGGGAAAUUCUUCUCACUGUAUCGUUGUACGGAAGAAGCAAUAAAAAUUCUGCUACUCAUACCACAAUUUCAAGUUUUCGCAGUAGAGACAACACACGCCCAGUCGAUGAAAUCACACCUUUGAGUGUCACUGAAGGAGCGAAACAUUCUCGCAUGACAAGUAUAAACAAUUCAAUUUGUGCAGGUGAAGACUUGGACAUAGUUCCAGGUAGCCAUUUGGCAGAAGGAAUAAAAAAUAAUGAUUCAGUCAACAAAUCUGCUACCCUAGCGGUUGACAAAGAUGCAAGUGCAGAGUUUACAGAUGCCACCUUUGAGGAAGCCAUGGAAAUCAUGCAGUUGAGGGACGAAAGCGAAAUGCCAGAGAAUCUUCAAGGCGGCAUACUGCUCGAACAAACUUAUACUAUAGAGCCCAAAGAUCUCAAUUCUUUCCUCUUUGGACCCAAUUCAAAGUUCAUGAAAGAUCUAGCAGAACUACAGGGUACUACAGAUUAUCAAGAAACCCCAUGGACAUGGAAGUGCAUGGACCCGCCGUGUUUGACAAGUGCAGUUAGCUACACGAAAGCUGCAACAAAGCUCGUGAAAGCAGUUAAAGCUACUGAGGAGCAGACCUACAUUAAAGCAGAUGGUAAAAGAUUUGCAGUUAUGGUUCGCGUCAGCACCCCGGAGGUUCCCUUCGGUAACUCCUUUGAGGUCGUUUUGCUUUACAAGAUUAUGCCCGGUCCAGAGCUAUUAUCAGGUGAAGAGAGCUCUCACUUUGUUAUAUCCUUUAGUAUCGAUUUUCUCCAGAGUACUGUGAUGAAAAGUAUGAUUGAAGGAAGUGCUCGGCAGGGACUUAAAGAAAAUUUUGAGAGCUUCGCAGACACUCUAUCUCAACAUAUUAAACCAGCAACUUCUUCGGAGCUCGAAUUCGACAAGGAUAAGUUAUUAGCACCACUGCAGCUAGAUCACCAAUCAGACUUGGAAUUGGCAAUCAAAUACUUUUGUAACUUCACUGUAGUUUCGACCAUUGUAAUGGUGCUGUAUGUUCUUCUGCACAUUCUGCUAUCUCAGCCUGCAACGAUGAAAGGACUGGAGUUCGAUGGUUUAGAUCUACCAGAUACUUUUGGUGAGCUGAUCACCUCUGCAAUAAUAGUUCUCCAAGUAGAAUGCGUACUUGAUAUGAUCUCUCAUUUUGUACAGGCGAGGAUGCGAAGAGGUUGUGAUCAUGGAGUCCAAGCACGAGGAGUUGGUUGGCUUCUCACUGUAGCUUUGGUCGAGGGGAAAAGUUUGCCACCAGUUGUUUCUUCCGGAUUUUCAGAUCCAUAUGUGGUAUUCAGCUGCAACGGUGUAACUAGAACAAGCUCUGUGCAGCUUCAAACUUCGGAUCCUCAAUGGAAUGAGAUAAUGGAGUUUGAUGCAAUGCAAGAACCACCUUCGGUGUUGGAUGUCGAAGUUUUCAACUUCGAUGGCCCAUUUGACCUGUCGACAUCUCUCGGCCAUGCGGAGAUUAAUUUCCUAAAACACGCAUCUGCUGAACUUGCUGAUAUUUGGGUUCCCCUUGAAGGAAGAUUGGCUCAGACAUGUCAGAGUCAGCUUCACCUGAGAAUUUUCUUGGAUAACACAAGAGGAGUAGAAACAAUUAGAGAGUAUCUAGCAAAGAUGGAGAAGGAAGUCGGCAAGAAGUUAGACAUUCGGUCACCUCACAAGAAUUCAGCAUUUCAAAAGCUUUUUGGGUUACCGCCGGAAGAAUUUCUCAUCAACGACUACUCGUGUUCCUUAAAGAGGAAGAUACCAUUGCAGGGAAGACUCUUCCUGUCGGCAAGAACUGUUGGUUUCUAUGCUAAUCUCUUUGGGCAUAAAACAAAAUUCUUCUUCCUCUGGGAAGAUGUCGAGGACAUUCAAGUGGUCCCACCAUCCUUCGCGACAAUGGGUGGUCCGGCACUGCUGAUGACCUUGAAGAGAGGUCGAGGACUAGAUGCGCGACACGGUGCUAAGUCCCAAGAUCAGGAAGGAAGAUUGAGAUUUCAGUUCCAAUCUUUCGUGUCUUUCAACACGGCUAGCAGGACGAUCAUGGCCUUGUGGAGGAUGAAAAACAUGGUAAUUGACCAGAGAGCCAAGCUGGAACAAGACCAACAAGACGAUGGCAAAUCAUACGUUUCAACUGAUGAUGCCGAAUCUAUUAUGAAUAUCGAUGAUGUGGCGCUUUCAAAGGCAUAUUCUUCAGAGCUUUCUGUCGAUUUAAAUUCGCUCAUGGAAAUAUUUAACGGAGGAGAUCUUGAGAUGAAAAUAAUGAGUAAAGUCGGCUGUUUGAAUUACUCAUCGACCCCAUGGGAAGAUGCUAAACCCAACAUUCAGGAGAGGCGCGUCCGCUACAAGUUUAAUCGCUACAUGUCUAUUUUCGGCAGUGAAGUGGUUAGUACCCAGAUGAAGUCUCCUUCUAUAGACGGUAACGGAUGGACGAUAGAUGAUGUUACGACUCUUCACAAUGUCCCGUUCAGUGACUGCUUCCGUGUUCGUCUGCGAUAUGAUAUUCAAUCCCGCAUUACAGAAUCCUGGAGAAGCCAGUGUGAUGUAUUUGUCGGCAUUGAAUGGCUUAGAAGCACCAAAUUUCAGCAGAGAAUCACUCGCAACAUUUGCGACAAACUGGCUCACAGGGCAAAGGAGAUUUUCGAACUGGCUGAGAGGGAAAUUCCUUCGGCCAAGGCGACUUCUUCGGACCGGUAGAGUUCUUUGUUUCUCAACCCCUCUCUUGGUGUUUGUUGUGGUUUGGUUCCAGAUUAUCUUGGUAAGGCAAAGAGGUCUUAGCUAGGCUUCAAUUAACAAGACAGAACGUACAAUUAUUGUUUUACAUGUAUGACGUCUCACUUCUUGUGAACAAGCCAUUUCUGCAUUAAAA